GGGGCUAGCCUGUAUUCCCAUUGGUUCAUUCGUUGUCAGUUCGUUCGAGUUGACUACACGGUAGGCGUGACUAAACGGUUGGUAUAAGAAGGUAUUUGGCGGGGGAAACGCUCAGAAACGCUCUGAUGCUCCGAAGGAGCGCCUCGGUCUGUUUCUUUUUAUCAUAAAUCGUCGUCGUCGUCGUCGUCGUCGUCGUUGACGUUGACGUCGUAAACAAGAAGAACGUCGUCGUAUCGUCGUUGUCUUUUUCUUCGUCGUCGUCGUCGUCGUCGUCGUUGUCGUUGUCGUUGUCGUCAUUAUCGUCGUCGUUGCUGUCAUCGUCGUCGUUGUCAUCGUCGUCGUCGUUACAUCGUUGCCGUUGUUGUUAUUGUUGUUAUUGUUAUUGAUGAUGAUAAUGAAGAUGAUGAUAUGAUGAUGAGACAGUGAACUUUCGUGAGAGAAAUAUAGAUUUCUCGCGUUGUAUACCUGUACGAACGCGAGAUCGAGUAUCAGAAAAAGAAGAGAAGAUAUAAGUGUUAUCGUGCAUUUUUUGUGUUACAUGGAAAGAAGAAAGAUAGUGCUACGUUUUAACAGGAUAAGGAAUCGCAAAAUUACAGAUUUACGAAAAGACAAUACUGUCAAGACGAUCCAUUGGACACGCGUGUUUAAUCCGUAUAAAAAGUUUAGAGAAGCCCGUUCGUCUUCACCUUUCGGACUAAUGAAUCGGUUCGAUCGAAGGGCCAAAUAUUAAAACAAAAAGAAAGCGGAUUAUUAUGGUUAACAUGGAGGCCUCGAACGAACAGCACACGGUGACAGCAUCGCCACCACCGCGAGCUGCUCUUAAAAGUAGCUUCAGUAUCAGGAGUAUAUUACCGGAGGCUUGUACCGGUAGUACCACCCCAGCACCGUCGGCGAGCCAAUCGAUAUCAUCUGACGCCUCUCACGCCGACGAUAGCGACGAUUCGAGCGAUUUGGACGUAACAGGUGACGGUACCGAGACACCACCCCCCUUGGACUGUUCGAGAAAUUCUAAUUCGUCGAAUAAUAAUAACGGGGCCGGUCAGCGCGAUAUAACCAAGGAUGAGCAGCAACAGAGCGAUGUGAAAAAAAAGACGGAAAAGCCGCCGUACAGUUACAACGCUUUGAUAAUGAUGGCUAUACGCGAGAGCCCGGAAAAACGUUUGACCUUGAACGGCAUAUACGAAUACAUAAUGAGGAAUUUUCCCUAUUACGAGAACAACAAACAGGGCUGGCAAAAUUCUAUUCGUCAUAAUCUAUCCUUGAACAAAUGUUUCGUGAAGGUACCAAGACAUUACGACGAUCCCGGUAAGGGUAACUACUGGAUGUUGGAUCCAAGCUCUGAGGACGUUUUUAUAGGUGGUACCACCGGUAAAUUAAGGAGAAGGUCGUCCGCGGCAUCGAGGUCACGUUUGGCCGCGUUCAAAAGGAGCGUCGUAUUGGGUGGACUUUAUCCGAGCCCUUAUGGUCCACCAGGUUGGCCAGCAUCCCUUUAUACUUUACCUUAUCAUCUACAUCGUGCCGCAGCUGCUGGUUAUCCAACCGCUACGGCAGCGGCAUAUUCCACCACACCGGCCGGUUAUCCAAGCAGCCUGUUACCUGGUUCAGCGACAACCGCAUCUCCAACUACCAAUGGUUUACCUUGUAAACCACAAGCUGUACCAGCAACCGCUGCACCACCUGCACAUGGUGCCUUCUCCAUGGAAAGGUUAUUACAAACGCCAACCGCCGGUUAUCCAACCGGGAUUACCGCACCACCGAGUAUUCCAGGUUCAGGUAAUCCCUACGACUUUUAUACCACCCUGAGAUCCCUCGCUGCUCAUCAACAACACCAACAACAACAAGCAGCCGCCGCCGCGGUUUUCAAUCAACAAACGAGGUAUCAAGUCAAUCAACCGUCGGUUGUAUUGAGCCAACCGACUUCGAAUACGGGUUCCCCGGGUAGCAGUCCCGAACCAAUGUCACCACACUCGCCGCCAGUUACGAUCUGUGGUAAUACGAUGGUACAGCAAGCAUCGAGACCGAUUCCUCACAGUCCGCCUCAAUUGUUGCUAAAACCUAUCACUGUUUUAACUGGAAGACAGAGCUGAAUUAUUAUAUAUAUGUAUAUAUACAUACAUAUAUAUAUAUAUAUCUUCUUUCUCUUUUUUUCGGAGAAUGAUUUCGAAAAACAAUAUAUAUCUUUUUCUUUCCAUUUCUUUCGGAGAAUAAUUUCAGGAAAUGAUAUAUAUAAUAUGUAUAUAAUAUAUAUAGAAUGUAAAAUAUAUAUGCAUAUACAUAUAUAUAUAUAUCUUCCUUUCUUUUUUUUUCGGAGAAUGAUUUCGGAAAAUGAUAUAUAUAUAUCUUUUGGGAGAAUAAUUUU